GGUCAGCUCAGUCGUUAUUUUUUCCUUGGGCUGCGUUCAAGUGGUGUGAUGAUCAUCAUGCGGGCCUUGGUAGGAACGGUUCUGCUAAUUUCGGUUGUCCUAGUGUCGAUUGUUCUGAUUAAUGCCAACUCGAGACAUGAGCGAAGCAGUGAAACGAUUCCAGCACAAAAUGAUGACAGUAGGGCAGAAGUAGAUAAGUCCGAAAUGGAAGUACUGUUCGAAGGUUCUCUUGAGGAUAACGAGAGGAUGGGACUGAAUCCUGAACAGGAGCGGAAAUCUUUUGAGAUGGAGGAAACCCUGACGGAGAGUGUGAAGAGUACCAACGGUAGCAGCUUAUUAAACGCGAUAGUGAAGGCCGGAAAGGUUACGGCAAGCGGAAAACUGCAGACCAGCAGCACUAGUAGAGAUGUUUCCAUGAAAGAGGAGAAUCGAGUUGAAGAAGAUGAUGUGGAAGAACAGGUUGUGAUCAUACAUGAGAAUUCCGGUAUUGAUCCCGUUGAAAUGUACGAGGAUAUAUUGAACACUGCGAAUGAGAUUCGCUCUCCUACAACUCAGCCACUGACCACGGAAAGCGAAUAUUACAAUGACGAUGCACCGGCUCAAGAAAAUUCUGAGCAGCAGGGUAAUGAUGACCCGAAAGAGACCUAUUUAGAAUCAAAAACAAUAAAUAAUAUUAAGACUCGAUCGAAGGAAAGUCAAUGGGCUGUUCGAAAAUCUUCCCCGACUACCGAGCGACAGACCCCGUUAGGGUAUGAGCCGGAGAGUUAUAUCGUUUUGGACGAAGAACCGAAUGUGCCCGUUAAGACUAGACUCGAUGAAGAAUUAUCUGAAGUGGAUGAUCUGGAUCCCACCAGCAGUAUCAGCAGUCGUCCCUUGGAACGGAAGCAGCGAGCCGUGGUAGGAAGUCCCGAAACGAUUGUCCUGAAUCGGGCUCCAAUAGUUCCCCAUAUUGGCACCUAUCAGGAACCGGGAUGCCCUCACAUGUUUCCUCCAUCAUCGGCCUCUCGAUAUGCCAAAUCGAUGGAGCGGUCGCGCCCCAGCUAUCCCGGGAUGGCCUCGAUCUAUGAACCGAACCAUUGGGAUAAUCAGAACAUGAACGUGCUUCGUUCCACGCAUUGUACCGCCUGUCAGCGGAAGCAGGUUCCACUGUGCGUUACCUGUGGCCGAUGCAGUGAAUGCUGCGGCCAGAGCGGCUGCACCUGUGGUUGUCUGAGUUCUCAAUAGCUACUAUCAUAGAAUAAUUCAACCGAUGCAAGAUG